AUGUUUUCGGAAGGGCUCUUUGAGAAAUUCGAUGACAGAGCCUGUCGUAUAGUUGGAUUCCUGGCGGUCGUAGGCAUAUUCAUCUUCGUUCUGGACAAUGCGCGUUCCUACAUCCGGUUGAGACACAUCCCCGGACCACCUGCGGCAGCUCUCACGAACUUCAUCCGUCGAUCGUGGGUCAACACUGGCAACGCUCACGAAAUUCACACCAAUUUGCACAGCAAGUAUGGCACCGUUGUACGGUUUGGUCCCAAUGCCGUCAUGGUCUCCCAGCCCGAUGCAAUUGAGAAGAUAUACGGUUUCAAAAGAAGAUUUGAGAAGUCCGAGUUCUACGACUCAAUAAUGCCGAGGAUUAAGGGCGGCAAGAUUCCAGAUGUCUUCGCUACUCGAGACGAGGAUAUACAUCGGCGAAUGAGGCGUCCCGUCGCCAAUCUGUACUCGCUCACAAAUCUGAUGGCGUUUGAGCCGGUCGUGAACUCUACUAUGCAACAUCUGUUCGAGCGGUUAGACGAGCUGUUCCUAGACACGAACGUUGAAGUCGGCCUAUUCAAUUGGAUGCAAUAUUUCAUGUUCGACGUUCUUGGGGAAGUCACGUUCUCAAAGGAACUUGGAUGUCUCGAUAAAGGUGGCGAUGUUGAAGGCGUCAUUGAGAACAACUGGCGCUAUUUCAACAUGAUUGCUGCAAAUACGCAAAUGCCUUGGCUUGACUACUUGUGGAGAGACAACCCUCUGAUUCCCGUCUCGGCGAAAAGAAACCCGCUCGUAGAAUUCGGUGCCGCUAGAAUCAGGGAGCGAAUGAAUCUGCUCCAGAGCGGCAAAGGUGACCUCGGCCAAAAAGACUUCCUUUCCAGCUUCAUCUCUGAGAAUGCCAAAGAUCAUACUCUACCAGCAAUGUUCCUCCCCACCUGGGUCAAUUCUAAUAUCGUGGCAGGUUCAGACACGACAAGUAUUCUAUCUGGCGCCUUAAUAUACCAUCUCCUCAAAAACCCAGCGUCGCUCGCAAAGCUUCAAAAGGAGAUCGACGAUGCCACCGCCGCGGGGCGACUCUCCAAAUUCGCGACUUGGAAAGAAUCCAAAUCUCUUACUUAUUUUGACGCCUGUGUCAAAGAGGCCACCAGGAUGCAUCCACCAUUUGCCCUCCCGUUCGAGCGCGUGGUUCCUGAUUGUGGACUGGAGAUCGACGGGUACCACAUUCCCCCGGGAACAAGAAUCGGGAUUAACCCGUGGUCGCUGCACCGCGAAGUGUCACUCUAUGGCGCCGAACCGGACCUCUGGCGACCCGAGAGAUGGUUGUGUGAUGAAGAGAAGCACGCCUCCAUGUACAAUUCACUUCUGACUUUUGGCGCUGGCCACAGAAGCUGCCUCGGGAAACAUCUCGCCUAUUUUGAGAUAUAUAAGCUCAUUCCCUCGUUGUUGCAACGCUACAACAUACAAUUGGUAAACCAAAAUGAGGAGUGGACUGUUGAGAACAAGUGGCUUGCCAAGCCUUCGGGAUUCCGCGUCAAGCUUUCGACUCGUAGCUAG